AUGACUCAAUCAGAUGAUGGUGCAACAGCCUUAUUGACACGAGGGAAAGGACAGAAAAUUUGUGUCAAGCAAGUUCCCAAUGCAGCUAAACAAGAUGUCUGCUCCAAGACACGUAGAAAGAGACAAAAAGCUGUCUCAAAUAUCGAAGAGGCUCUCCAGUUAGCCCCCCAAACAGACGAAUCUCCACAACUGUACCUAACAGCAGAGGACAUGCUUGACCUGAAGGCGAUGACGGCAAUGUCUUGGACCAAAAUGAGAAAGCUGAAACAGUGGCUGCUGAACAGAGGAAUAACAACUGGGGGAGAAAAAGCAACAAGAAAGAUUUUGGACGGCAUCAUAGAUGGGAUGUUGCAAGGGAACAUGCUGCCAUUGCAGAGCUUCAAUGAAAUAGAGAAAGCAUAUGAAUUUGUAGAGAGACCGGUGGUAACAGUGCACAGUAUAACAUCGACUGUAAUACACCUGUUGGAGCAAUACUAUGAACUUGAUGAGCUAAUUCAACUGGACACCUUACCAAAAGAUGAAGUCUGGGUCAAGCUAGGUGGAGACAAGGGAGGGGACACCUUCAAAAUGAUGAUCCAGAUUGCGAAUGUGAGGUCUCCUAAUUGCCUUCGCAAUACUCAAGUGGUUGCGCUGUUCCCUGGACAGGACUCUGCCUACAAUCUUGAAGUGACGAUGAAAGAGAUGGCUGCAGAGGUUGAAGUUCUUCAAUCCACCACAUGGAGAGAGAAGAAAGUCCGCCUGUUUUUCUUUGGGGACUAUGAGUUUUUGUGCAAGGCAUAUGGCAUAUCGGGUGCAAGUGGGCGACAUUGCUGCUUGUUUUGCACAGCAACAAAGGCAGAAAUAAAAAAACCACUGUCAGAGAGAGACACUCAACAGAGGGAUCUGGAGUCCAUGGAAGAAGACCUUGAAAAGUUCAAGAUCAGAAAUGUCCCAAAGGAGUGCAACAACGUAGUUAGGAAGCCACUCUUCAGAAUUCCGUUGAAUCAGAUUUGCCCACCUGGACUUCACCUCUCUCUGGGCAUUUUUCUCAAGCAUUUUAAUGCUCUUGAACAUCAAUGCCAUGCACUUGACCUAGAGGCAGCCUCCAUCCUAGCCAGUGGAGAUAUAAGGAACAGUGAUGAUGCCUUUAGCAGGUUCAUAACAAAGAAGCAGCUUACGAAGAAGAUCAGUGAGUUGGAAGAAGAGCACAAAGACCUACUCGACCAACAUCUGUAUAUGUCACUCUUAUAUCCCGAUUCACAACCAGUUGCCCUUCUUCAAGAAACUGCACAAGAAAAGAGAACAGAGAUGAAGAAACUGGAGGCUCAGGUAAGCAAAAUACCAGAGAUGACCGAAGGACAGGGACCCAUUGUGAAGGCUUUGGAUGGUGUACUCCAGACCAUAAAUGUGAAGAGGCAGGCAUACCACGGCAAGAGUUUCGUAGGCAAUCAUGUUCACAAAUGCCUAAAGGAGGAGAAUAUUGACAAGAUUACCAACACCAUUAUCGAAAAAACCAAUGAAGUGUGUCCUGUCCUGUGCGAGAAGGCCAAAAUAACUGCAAAGAAGUACAACACAUUGCUUAAAUUGUAUGGCUCAUGCCACAUAAUUUUCAACAGUGCCAGGGUUCUCACCAUGGAAGAAAUCAGCAAACUUGACACAUCAAUCAAGGAUUACAUGAGCUUCUUCAGGGCCAAUUUCCAGGACUCUAUCACCCCAAAGAUGCACAUCCUGGAGGAUCAUGUGAUGCCCUGGUCCCAGCGUUGGCGAGUUGGACUUGGACUUCUUGGCGAGCAGGGCGGAGAGGGAAUGCAUGUCCACCUGAAUAACAUACGCUCCAACUUACGUGGCUUCACCGAUGAGCUCACAAUGCACAUGCAAUCAGUAAAGUCACAGUGGGCAUAUUCUAACCCACUUGCCUAUCAUAAAAAUAAAUAGCACACCUUGUUUUAGCAUUUUCUUAUGAUGCUGAGUGUAUAACACUUACCUCAUCAGAAUGAGUUCCAGCUAGAUUUAGCCGUCUUCCAUGAAUUUCUGUUCAAGGCAAAUCCAGUGCUGGUUCUGGCCUGUUGCAUACUAAACUUUGGCCAUACAAAAUCUCUGGAAAAUAAAAAACAUGGUGGCAAACAAAAUUAUGAAUAUGUAGACAGUUUGUAUUCAUUGAAAAAAUAGCCAAAUAUUCUCAUCACUCUUUAUGCUUUGUUUACUAUAAGCAUACUUUUCAAAGUUUGUCAAACUUGACAGAUGACAGAUGAUACAAUCAUGUAUGUGAGAAAAAAAAGUAAAUAAAAUUCCUGAUCUGUGGUCAACAUGGUCAAAUAUUGUAUCCAAAUCAA